CUUUGCCGGCGCAACCCAAAUUCCGACCACGACUUCCUACGACCCUCAGACGCCGCCCUCGAAACGACCCACUCGCCCCUCUCUCCGCCGCGUCCAAACUAGUGCUCCGGCGAGCUUUCCGGCAGCGGCGCGAUGGGUGAGCGGAAGGUGCUGAACAAGUACUACCCGCCGGACUUCGACCCGGCGAAGAUCCCGCGGCGGAAGCAGCCCAAGAACCAGCAGAUCACGGUUCGCAUGAUGCUUCCCAUGAGCAUCCGGUGUGGCACUUGUGGGACCUACAUCUACAAGGGCACCAAAUUCAACUCGCGCAAGGAGGACUGCAUCGGCGAGACAUACUUGGGCAUACAAAUAUUUAGGUUUUACUUCAAGUGUACUAGGUGCUCAGCUGAGAUGACCUUCAAAACAGACCCUCAGAACUCAGACUACACGGUGGAAUCUGGGGCUAGUCGCAAUUUUGAACCUUGGCGUGAAGAGGAUGAGGUCGUGGACAAACAGAAGAGAAAACGAGAAGCAGAGGAGAUGGGCGAUGCAAUGAGAGCACUGGAGAACAGAGCAAUGGAUUCAAAGCAGGACAUGGACAUACUUGCUGCUUUAGAAGAAAUGCGGUCUAUGAAGUCGAGACAUGCUGGAGUCUCUGUUGACCAGAUGCUUGAAAUUUUGAAGCAUUCCGCUCAUCAGAAGGAGGAAAAAACAGUAGCAGAACUAGAUGAAGAAGACGAAGAACUCAUCAAAUCAAUCACUUUUCGAAACUCGAAAGAUUAUGUUAAACGGAUCGAAGACGAUGACGAUGAUGAUGAAGAUUUAGGUAUACCAGGAAAGCCAAGUGUCAUGUCAAAGAUCAAUGGAUCUUCUGAACCAGUGUUAAAUCCAACAGAUGUCUUGACCAAAGCUAAUGGACCUGAGAGUAAUAAAGAAGGAAACAAGAGCUUUGCAUCAAAGAUGCCCAAAUUCAUAGUAAAACCAAAGCCCGUUGCCGCAACUGCACAUCCUCCGAAGAAACAGAAGACUGAACCCGCAGCUGUCCAAGAGAACGGGAAAGCACCAGCUGCCGAGGGAAAAAGCGAAGCUUCAGAAGGGAAGACCAAUGUUCUUCAGUCCCUCUGCCAGUAUGAUAGCGAUGAAAGUGAUGAAUGAAGAUAACUCUUCUUGGAGUCAUAUCUGCACCGGAGUUGGCAAACCCCUGGAACUCAAGCCUGUAAAUCGUCUCCUCACAAAUCUCUGCUGCGAACUGCAAGUCCGUCGUGCUGAAAAUCCAUUGCAGCUAAUAGUCCAGGUUCCAGAUCUAUUGGCAAUUUGAAGCAGCACUGAGAUUAUUGUUGUGUUCAUGCCUUGCUCCUGUGAGUUGAUUUUUUAUGUAGAGUUACUGUAAAUCAUGGAGCUUUCAUCUGUGUCUGUGACGAUCU